AUGGCCCUCCGCAUCCCCUUCCUCGGGCGCCUACACCUGCGCGAGUACUUUGCCCUGGUGCUCUCUAUCAUCCUCAUCGUCCUCGAGUCCGUCAUCGCCGUCAUCACCCUCGCCCUGCCCACGCCCAUCAUCAAUGCCUGCUACCGCAUCACACGCCGUCUGUUCAACCAGCUCUCCUCGCCCUCGUCACGCCGCUCGCGAGACAGGAAGAAGGGCGUCUGGGAUGCAAUCGCCAAUGCUGGCGACUUCACUGAGCUGUGUGAGCUCUACGGAUACUACUGUGAAGAGCACAUCGUGCAGACCGGCGACGGGUACCUGCUGGGCCUACACCGUCUGGGCUGGAAGCGCGGCGAAGAGGACGAGCGCGUGAACGCCGGCCCGGGCAAAGACGGGCUGAAGAAAAAAGUUGUGUACCUGCACCACGGGCUAAUGAUGAACAGCGAAGUCUGGGUGUGUCUUACCGAGCGCGAGCGCUGCCUGCCCUUUGAGCUCGUCGAGCGCGGCUACGACGUCUGGCUCGGCAAUAACCGGGGGAACAAGUACAGUAAGAAAAACAUCCACAUGGCGCCCACAGAUACGAGGUUCUGGAACUUCAGUAUGGAUCAGUUUGCGUUUCAUGAUAUUCCGGAUUCGAUUGGGUAUAUUCUGGGGACUACGCAUCAGCCGAGUUUGAGCUAUAUUGGAUUCAGUCAGGGCACGGCGCAGGCGUUUGCGACGCUGAGCAUUCAUCCCACGCUGAACGAGAAGGUGGAUGUAUUUAUCGCAUUGGCGCCGGCGAUGAGUCCCAAGGGUGUUGCGAGUGGGACCGUGGAUUCGUUUGUCAAAGCGAGCCCGGACAUCCUUUACCUCGCGUUUGGAAGGAAGGCGAUCUUGGCAUCGGCGACCAUGUGGCAAUCCAUUCUGUAUCCGCCCAUAUUCGUGAGACUUAUCGAUGCGAGUCUGAGAUUCCUGUUUGGCUGGACUGCGGUCAAUAUCUCGCCCGAUCAGAAGCUGGCGAGUUACCCGCAUCUUUACUCGUAUACGUCGACGAAGAGCGUGGUACAUUGGUUUCAAAUCAUUCGCAAUGGUGUCUUCCAGAUGUACGACGACGAGGCGCCGAGUCCGAUCACCUCGAACCGCUCAAAGUACUACAAGGUCGCCAAGUUCCCUACACGCAACAUCAAGACGCCCAUCGUUCUCGUCUGGGGCGGCUCAGAUAGCCUAGUCGAUAUCAACGUCAUGCUCAAAGAGCUUCCUCGCCACACCAUCGCCAAAGAGAUCCCGCACUACGAACACCUCGACUUCCUCUGGGCGCAGUCAGUCAACAAACUCGUCUUCCCACACGUCUUUGAAGCACUCGACAAACACGCCAACUCCUCCACCACCACCACUCUUUCAACCAGCGACAAACGUUUGCGUUCCCCAGUCCACUUCAGCAAACCCCUCUCCUCGCCGCGCCAGAUCGCGGGCAUCGAGCAAGAUGGUGCAAGCGACUCCAGCCCCAACGGCACUCCGUCUCAAUCUGCGAAGAAGAUAUCGCAAAUCACACGCCGUACAUUACUCAGUGAUAACGAGGAAACGGAACCGAGUCCGCGCUCAAGGCUCGCGCAGAUAACGCGGAUUCCGCACCCACGGCAAUCGCCACGGAAUGCCUCGCCGUCUCACCAGCGCACGCCCUCACAAUCUCAGAUUGAGAGUUUGAAGGAACCGACGAGUUCCGUAUCGAAAGUUGUAGCCGUUCACACGAUCGGCUCGCCCGCCGCCUCACAGAACGACUCGCAGAUUACUACGCAAACAUCAACCUCACGGCCUGAAGGGUGGUGGUCUAGCGACGACGUCGCGGACACAGAUCCGAGCACGCCGAGCCGAGCACUUAGGAAUAGAAGGAGUUUCGACUCGCAAGGUAGCAAUGGGCGGCAGAGCCGUUUUGGAGAUAGAGGGAUCAGUCUUGGAAGUGCCAAGGCGGUCAGUGGCAUCGUUGGAGGUCAAGGGCGUGGUGAGAGUGGUGGGGGUAAGGGGGUGAAUAGGCUGAGUGUGAGCAGUGUGGGGAGUGUUGGAAGGAAGGAGGAGACGGAAGAAGAGAGGAAGAAGAGCAAGGCGAGGGUUAAGAGAAGGAGUGGGAGUGGGAUUCCUGUGCCGGGUUCGAGCUGA